AGCACCCAGAAAUCAAAGAAGAAGUUUCUAGGAAAGAUAACACGCUGUUGUCAUUGCUAAAAGACGUAUAUGUGGAGUCCAAAGAUCCGGUGUCUUCCCUACCGGUAAAAGAUGUUGAAAUAUGGCAAGAACCAAAGGAAUUCAGACUGCCGAUAGGACAUCACGUGGAUAAGAAUGUUGUGAACAUUCCCAAAGGCAAGAUUUCUGUUGUAGAAGCAUUGACACUUCUCAAUAAUCAUAAACUUUCUCCAGAAAUGUGGACUGCUGAGAAAAUUGCCCAAGAGUACCAUUUAGAACUGAAAGAUGUAAAUUCCCUUCUCAAAUAUUUUGUUACUUUUGAAGUCAAAAUCUUCCCUCCUGAAGACAGGAAAGCAAUACAUCAAAAUGAAGAAAAUCAUAACAACUUCCUGUAUGUGCUCCCAAGCUCUGUCCUGGUUUUUAGUGUAUUAAAUUAUAUAAGUCACUGUGAACCGAGUGUCCCUAAUUUGAGUACUCUUUGACCUCUUCAGGAUUGGUCAUAGAAUGUUGUUCUUUUUUUUUUUUUUUUAAUUUUAUGU